CCUUGUUUCAAAAUCUAGCAAGACAUCAGUUUUAAAUACUCAGUUCUUCUUUUGAUUUUUACAGUUAUUGUGUGGUAAUGGAGAUGCUGUGAUUGUUAUAAAUACCAGGAGUUGCUUUGCAUUUUUUGCCUUGAUCGUAAUAAAGCUGAGCAAUAUAAAAAAUUUGCAGUUUUCACACAUGUACACGUUUAACAUGCUGGUAUCAAAGCCAAGCUGGAUUACUUUGCUGCUGUUACUUUGCAGACAUGGUGUCGAGGGAAUACUUAGCUUGGCCUGUGAGGGUGACACAUUAAAACUGCGAUGUGACUGGGGUUACAUAAGGGUCAAUAGCGCCAACUAUGGGCGGCUUUCAAUAUUUAUAUGCUCUAGAGGGAAAUCAAAAGAACAAGUCUCAAAUUAUCAGUGCCUCCAAGAAGGAACCCUCCCAAUAGUGUCCAUGAGGUGUGACGGAAAAAAAAGAUGCUCGGUUCCUGUACAGGACUCAAUUUUCUCUGACCCGUGUUAUGGAAUUGCUAAAUACCUUGAUGUUAUCUAUUCGUGUUUACCAUUUAAAACAAGUGUUACUUGUGAAGGUAGCCGAAAUGACAUUCAAUGUGAGACUGGUGUUAUUCGGAUUAAACAUGCCAAUUACGGACGGAGAGACAAAACAACCUGCCCUCAUAAACAGGCAACUACAGCUGAAUGUUUCUCUCCUCAGACUAAACGCUUUCAAUUGAGCUGCGAUGGAAAGAAGUCAUGUUCUCUUCAUGCUUCGAGUUCUGUCUUGGGCGAUCCGUGUUUUGGUGUUCAUAAGUACUUGGAGGUGGCUUACAUUUGUAAAUAAGUAUAAACAACUCGGAUGUUGGAUAUUACGACCUCAAACCUAGAAGUGAACUUCUGGAAAGUCAAAAGAAGGCUGCGUCAUACCAAAGAUGUUCAGUUGGGUUUAGGUCUAGGGUUAACUGAAAUUCCUAGACCGAAUCAAUAAUUUCUUCAUUAGUUUUGCUUUACCCAGCAAGCAAUAGCCGCCAUUUACUGUUUAGGUUAACUUUAAACCUGAUAGUCCAGCCAUGAGUAACCUACUUCAAGCCAAAAUAACUUGCUUUUUACAAAAUAACUUGUGAAAUGUAUUAUAUUGCAUCAUGGCAAAGUCAACAGUGAUUACAAGGUGUUUGGUUUCAUUUAUUUACUUAGCCCAUUUGUAAUUAAAAAAUAAAUUAAGGUUAGACAUCUAUUUAAUUUUCUCUGACAGCCCAAAUUUGGCCUUGUUUAAAAGUUCAUGUUUGAAAAGAAAAGGGCCCUGCCCAAAUUGUUGCUAUAGAAUUAGAAACACACAAUUCUCAAGAAUUAAAGUUUGUGCUCACAGAAAUGACUAAAGUAGUCAAACAUGUUUGCUAGAAGUGGCCACCCCAAAACUUUUGUCCAUAUUUUAGUUGUUUAAGAAAUGAGAAGCUACACAUUGUAUCAGUUAUUGCUUAAGCCAUUAAUCACUGCAAUAAUGGUCCAGUUGUAUUUGCUUAAAUGCAAAUGCAUGGCAACUUUUUUUGUUUUGGCCGGGCAGUGGACAAACAUGGUGUAACUACAUUGCUACAAUCCUUGGUAGCGCAUGAUACUUACAACAUCAGUAUACUGUAAGAUUGGGUUGGGAAAGCUGCAAAAAAAAUUAUGUGAAGCCUGAAUGUAAUGUCGCUUUGUAUAAAAAUGAUAAAUAAAUAUUCUAACAGGUUAUACCAUCUAUUCAGGUGAACCCCAACACUGCUAGACGUCUUUAAUGGAGGAAUACUGCUGGUGAUAAAACAACAUUUUAUUGAAAGUUGAUUCAUUUG